GUGAGUUGCGAGUUGGGACGCGACAGAACAAUUGCUGCUUUUCGAGAGAGUCGAUGAUGACAAGGCAACCCACACCCACUCGUGUAUAUUCUCAGGAAAAGUCCCAUUUGGUCUGAACUCUGAAGUAUCCAAAGUCUUCUGCUGAAUCCAAGAAAAUUUCAGAUUUUACUUUGAAGCCCAGAAGUAGUGAUGGGGAGUGCAUCAUCUAUGCUAACUCAAUAUGACAUCGAGGAAGUCCAAGAACACUGUAAUAAUUUAUUUUCCCAGCAGGAAAUUGUGUCCUUGUAUCAAAGGUUUUGUCAACUUGACAGGAAUGCAAAAGGAUUCAUCUCAGCAGAUGAGUUCUUGUCUGUUCCUGAGUUUGCUAUGAACCCACUUUCUCAGAGGCUACUCAAGAUGGUGGAUGGUUUGAAUUUUAAAGACUUUGUGGCCUUCUUAUCUGCAUUCAGUGCCAAAGCUAGUGCACAGCAAAAAAUAGAACUUAUUUUCAAGGUAUAUGAUUCAGACCAUAAUGGAAAGGUGUCUUUUAAAGAUAUGCUGCAAGUGCUAAAAGAUUUGUCAGGUCCAUUCAUGUCUGAUGAACAAAGAGAGGCAGUCCUGAGUCAAGUUCUCAAAGAAGCAGGAUACUCGGAAGACUCCUACUUGACAUUGGAUGACUUCAUUAAGGUUCUUGGCCAAACUGAUCUAAAAAUGGAUGUCGAAGUCCCUGUUGAUUAGGGCUGUCUGCAGCUUUCCUAGUUCUCUUGAAAGAUAAAAAUUGUAAACUGUAUUCAUGGGAUUCUUGUAACAUAGUUCACGUGGAAAUGAAAAGUGCACAAAUACUGUUGUCCCCUUUCUUCUUGGGAUUCUUGUAGUACAGUUGUUUUCCAGCCACUACUUAUAUUCGAGCCAAUUUGAGUCGUUCUUGAGCUUGAUUCAGUUUUUUGCAUUCCUUGACAUGUUUUUUACCACCUUUUUGUGUGUCCUGAAUUCAAGUUUGAGGUAAUUCUUUCUAUUUGAAGCUUCCAAGUGUUGUUCAUGAAGUUCACGUGUCUUAGCCACCAUGCACAUUUCUAGUUGUUUGCUGCAUAGAGUCUUUGCAGCGGUGACUUUUUACCUUGCCAUUUAGCUACAUGUCACUCCAGCUGUGUUAUGUGUUCAGCAAUCAGCAUUAUCUCUUCAGCUCAAGCUGGGAGCACCUUGAUGGAGAGGAGAGUGUUACUUUGUUACCACAUUAGGAUUCUUAUUGUUUUAUAUCUUAUUAUGUACUAAUUGUGUAUAUUAUUAUUUUGU